CUGUCCGUUCCUCGGUUCUUUCCCUCCCCACCGAAAGCACAAGCAGCGCACCGGCAACGGAAAAGAAAAGGAUACCCACACAAGCACGAGCUGGGCAACGUGUCGAAGAGGCCAUGCAAGGCGACGGCGAGGUGCUGUUCCUGGGCGGUGUCGGGGAGGUCGCCGUAACCAUCGGCCACGAUGGCCUCUCCAUCCAGCCCCUCCACCCGGAACUGGCCUCUUCAUGUUGGUCAUCCUUUAACCUGCAGCCUAAAUUAGACAACAAAAUCAAGUUUUCAGAUGUUUAUGCCAUAGAGCUGCUUGAUAAGGGUCCUAUCUGUGGAGCUUGGAAUACAAGAACUGCCAUUCAAGGCAAGAAAAAUAGUGAGGUUAUAGCAUUCCUUCUGGUUAUUUUACAAGCCUCAUUUUUCUGCAACGUGCAUCAAAUGUUUCUGCCAACCAAUAUUUGAUAGAUGCACCGAUUUGUCGUGCAUGGGAUUACGAGAACAAGAAAACGUCCUUCUCCAUUGUUGCCUUGUGAAUAUAUUUUUGGUCACAAAGACCUGAAUACCUGCAAAAAUUGGUUUGAGCAUCUCAUGGCAUGCAUAAACAAUGAAGGGGAUAGACCAAAGAACCUCAUGGUAUUUGUUCAUCCAUUAUGUGGAAAAGGUAGAGGGCCCAGAAAUUGGGAAACAGUUGCUCCAUUAUUUGAUAGAGCGAAAGUAAAAACGAAGGUAAUUGUGACAGAGAGAGCAGGGCAUGCAUACGACACACUAGCAUUAUUAUCAGAUAAAGAACUCAAGACAUUUGAUGGGGUUGUUGCAGUGGGCGGUGAUGGUCUAUUUAAUGAAAUUCUGAAUGGGAUACUAAGUUCAAGGUUCAAGGCUUCUUAUCCCCCAACUCCCGAGGGGUUCGGAUAUUUUGGAAGCACUGAGAACUGCGAAGGACAGACAAGGAAUGGGAUAAACGAUAUGCCCACACCAAAUUAUCUAAAUGUCACGUUUCCAGGGAAUUCGAAUACAUGUGAUGACCAUGAACCUCUUCUUUCGACAUCGCAACCUACAGGACUUGAGAUGCCAUCAUUAAAUUGUAGUAAAGAACCAUGCAAUGGAGAUCAGGAUCAUUUAGUCUCCUUUCCGAACGACUGGUUUAGGCUUGGCAUAAUUCCUUCUGGCUCAACUGAUGCUAUUGUUCUCAGCACAACAGGGGAGCGAGAUCCUGUGACCUCUGCUCUGCUUAUUAUUCUUGGCAGAAGGAUAUCACUUGAUAUAGCUCAAGUAGUCAGAUGGAAAAGUAGACCAACAGAUGAGGUCAUACCUACUGUACGUUAUGCAGCGUCAUUUGCAGGAUAUGGCUUUUAUGGAGAAGUUAUCAGGGAGAGCGAAAACUAUCGAUGGAUGGGUCCUGCGCGUUAUGACUUUUCUGGAACAAUGGUCUUUCUGAAGCAUAGAUCAUAUGAGGCAAAAGUUGCUUUUCUUCAGACUCAAAACACUCAUUCACUUACAACGUCAGCAGAGGAUGUUGUAACUGGAGCACAACCAGUACAAUCUCGUCAGAAGAGACCUCACAAAAUUAUCUGCCGAACAAAUUGCCUUAUAUGCAAAGAGACUUCAACAUUUGGACAAUAUUUAGAAGAUGAGAUUCCAGGCAGCUCCAGAACAAUAUACGAGAACUCGAAGUGGGUCUGGUCCAAAGGACGUUUUCUCAGUGUUGGUGCAGCUGUCAUUUCAUGUCGUAAUGAGAGAGCCCCUGAUGGCCUGGUGGCCGACGCACACCUCUCGGAUGGUUUUCUUCAUCUUCUGCUCGUCAGAGACUGCCCUCUUCCCCUUUACUUGUGGCAUCUAACACAAUUUACCAAGAAGGGUUCAGACCCGCUGAGCUUCAAGUUUGUUGAACAUAAUAAGACACCAGCAUUUACCUUUAUCUCAUCACAUGAUGAAAGUGUCUGGAACUUGGAUGGAGAGAUUUUUCAGGCGUGUGAGGUAUCUGUCCAAGCUUGCCGGGGCCUUGUCAACCUCUUUGCUUCGGGACCAGAGGUGUAGUGAUCUGCCUCAUAAGUUCUUCCUGUUUGCACCAAGGAAGGGCUGCCAAAAGGUCAGAGAAGUCAUUGUUUAUACACUUGUAUAUUGUACACUCUUAUUUGUAUCUUGUAGAGAACUAGAAUCAUUUGUUUAUAGAUAUACUCUUAGUUAUGUGGAUGUGGAAAUUAUAGCCCUUUUUCGCCAUGGAAAAGAGGAACAAGUAAUUUUGAUUCAAGUAAAUGAAGCGAAGUUUAUCCA